AUGGAUUCUCUCGCGAACGCCUCUUUGCCAACGUCUACCUCCCUCAAGUCGCUUCCACCUUCAGCGUGGAUCUUCCAUGUCAAAGGAGCGGCAACUAUAUUGACGGCAGUGUGGCCCCUGAGUGAAAAAUCAAGAUUCUACAAGUUUAUUUCGGUCGACCUCGGCGACCUGGGAGAAAUCGGUUACGACUUGAUUUCUGGCGAACUAUCAACAGAUACAGCAAAGGCUGACAUGCUAAAAAUGAAGUACUCAUCCAUUCAGUGCUUUGACGAAGAGAUUCAGGACAUGUUCCCUAUCCCACUCGACUCGCCGUAUCUGCCGACACUGGCUUAUAUGGCAAAGCUUCAUAUGGAACGGAACAAAAAAGAUUUUAUCUUGAGAGUGUUUGCCUUUCCUGCCCUUCUGGACAAACGAUUCCUGGGACUGCUCAUCAGUUGUGACCUCUCUGCAAUGAGGAUAAUGCGAUGCUAUUAUAAACUGCUUCGGAAUUUCACCGACGAAAUGAAGGACAAGGUCUGGUUUUUGGAAGGUGUGUCUUCUGUUCUUCCGGUGGACGUCGAAGAAUAUUCUGGAGGUGGUGGAAUGCAUAUGAUGCUGGAUUUCCUUGGCGGUCCGUCCACAGCAGAAGACGACGGAAUUCUCAAUGCUGUGCCCAGCAUCAUGAUACCACCUUCAUCGAUGUAA